AUGCCCGCGACUUCACCUCACCCGGCUCUAGGAGCUUCACCUUCACAGAUCUGGUCUCAUACUGACAAGAAUCGACGAGCCAGCGUGGUCAAGGUCCCGAGCCCGUUGAAGCAAACCAUAUAUAGCAGCUCUCCUGCCGUGCCCUCUACUCUUCGUAGUGUCAACUUCCCGCCUCUCGACUCUCCCACGAGAUCUCCUAGCUCCGACUCGACUAUCGACGUAAACCAAACCCCUUCUGCUCGCCGGCCCAGUGUCUCCGUGCUUGGUUGCCGGACUGGAUCGGUGUUCGACGACGAUCCUUUCGUCACAUCGCAGCCCAGCCCUCAGACAUUCCGAACGAAAUCUCCAUUCAGCAAAGGUUGCGCGUCGUUGGCCGAGAAAGUUGCGCGACAAGUCGCUAACACGCGCUCCCUCGCCCAUCAUGGUUACCGCGGCCCCAUCGAAGUGGGCGAUUUCGUCUGCCUGAUCGACCCCUACACCGGCCAGCCCGACCCGAUUGCAGCCAACCAUCCCGAUGGGAGGGGCAACACAGUCAUCCGUGACUUUCGAUCCCAAAAAGACAUCAGCGAAAUCAUGCCCUCAGACAAUGGCCGUGCCGAGUGGGGUAGGAAGGGUGAGUUCAAGGGUUUCGAGGACUCCAUCGCUGCCGCUUGGAUUCGCGGCGCCAAGCUCAAGAGCAAGACCUUCAAUACCGUCGGCAAAGAUGCUUUCAUGGGAGCCAGGCUGGGCGAGGGAAACGAGGAUGUUUUGGUGGAAGAGGAGGAGGCGCCGCCGGCUACUACGCAGUUGGGUCCGACGCCUUACUGGAUCAAGAAAGCGAACGAGAUAUUAGGCAUCACGAAUGAGGGUGAAGAUGAUGCAGAGGGCUUGUUUGAAUACCACGACUUUUAG